AUGGAGUUGGAGGCUCUGCGCAUGGCCUACGACGAAAUCAAGAAGGGAGAAAACACCCAGUUGUUCAGAGACGUCGUGCAGAUGAUCGGUGGGAGAUUGGGACCCGACUAUGCGAUGGACUUGGCUUGGUGUGAGAUGGUGGAUAGGAGGGCCGACCAGAAGAAGGAGAAGCUCGAGAACGAGCUCAAUGCCUAUAGGACAAAUCUUAUCAAAGAAAGCAUAAGAAUGGGUUACAAUGAUUUUGGAGAUUUUUAUUAUGCUCAUGGUCAACUUGGGGAUGCCUUUAAAAUUAUCAUUGAGAUGAGUCAAUUUGCUCAUGUCUCAAGCUAUGUUAGCAAAGCAGAACAAUCACCAGAAGCCCUUGACCCAGUUACUGUUGCAAAACUUCGUUGUGCUGCUGGAUUGGCUCACUUGGAAGCUAAAAAAUACAAGCUUGCUGCUCGUAAGAACAAAGUUAUAGACAACCUGAACUUCCGGAAUUUUUUAGAGUUAGUACCUGAAGUAAGGGAGCUUAUCAAUGACUUCUACUCAAGCCAUUAUGCUUCAUGUCUGGAUUACCUUGGGAAUCUCAAAGCAAAUCUGUUGCUUGACAUCCAUUUGCAUGACCACCUCGAGACACUCUAUGGUCAAAUCCGCCACAAGGCUCUCAUCCAGUAUACACACCCCUUUGUGUCUGUAGAUUUACACAUGAUGGCCAGUGCUUUCAAAACUGAUGUUUCAGGGCUAGAGAAAGAACUUGAAGCUUUAAUCACUGACAACCAAGUUCAGGCUCGAAUUGACUCACACAACAAAAUUCUAUAUGCACGACAUGCGGAUCAAAGGAAUGCAACUUUCCAACGGGUGCUUCAGACGGGCGAUGAGUUUGAUCGGGAUGUUAAGUCAAUGCUGCUUAGGGUGAAUCUUAUCAAGCACGAAUACAAUCUUAAGGGAUCAAGGAAAUCCUGA